UCAAGUCUUGCCUCUGGGUCCCCCAGACUGCAGCCAUAAAGCCACUGGUGGGGAGCGUGGGCAAAUGUGAAAGGCACAAGAGAGGAUGCAUGCAGAUGCCCUUGGCAACAGCUGUGUUUUGAGCUCUUAGCUAGCCCUUGAGCUGAGUCUUUAUUUACCUGCAUGAGCUCAUCUAGUCCUUGCAACAACCCCGCAAGGUAUGUAUUUUAGUCCCUUUGAUAGACGCUGUGUUUCUAUGAGAUGAGGUGACUUGUAAAGGUCACACAGCCACCAAGAGGCAGCACUUGGAUUUGUGUUUAGGGCUGGUGGGCAUCGAGGCCUGUGCUGGAUCUCUUCCUCUCUGCAGACAGGGGGUUCUAACUGGGCAGAGUCAUUUAUGAAAGGAAAGUUCCCUAUCUGGCUGGUCUGGCAGGGGCCGGCAAAAGAGGAUGCACAGUGGACUUUGUGUCUUGGCGACCUGGAGAGUUUGUUUUGCCCCCUCCCUCUCUGCCUCACCUUCACCCACUGAGGCUCCUGAGACAAUUGUAAAUGCAAGCCCUGGGAUAGAUUGAAGCCUCUGGCAGUUUCUGGCCUGGCUGCUCGCUGUCCAGACUGGAGGUGGCUCCUUAGAGAAUCCCCUUGUUCUUUUAGACCUGGGCAGGUGGGUGCCGAGUGUGAUGCAUAGCCUGUCCAGUUGGUGACACUGUUCUGCCUUUGCGUCCUUCCCCGGAUCCAGCCUGUGGACAGGGGUGGGUCAGUACCCCGGAUAGUCCAUGUCUGAGUCCUGGCCCUCACCAGCACGGCCCCUCUGGUUCCCCCUCCUGUGCUGAGGGAGAGGCCAAAAUCAUAGGAGCUUGGCUUGGGAGAUUUUCUGACAUUCUAGUUUCCUACUUGAAGCCAAGACAGAGAAGCGUUUUGGAAGGCGGGAAGGAGGGAUGCUGCAGGUUAGCUGAAGCUCCCUGCCCUCACACCCACUUGCUUGCAGGUAUGUGUGCAUGUGGUUUCUUGUCCCAGACUGGUUACUGCCUUCUGGGACAAGGUAGUGACCUCGGGUAGGCAGAUGGCUUGAACUGUCUUUGGGUAGGAAGAUGGCUUGAAAUAGGAACUUCACUCCCACAGCUGCAAUGAGAAGCUUCCCACAGUGACAAGAAGUGGCCGGGACUCAGAGUCAAAAUCUCCUUACCUCUGGCUGCUGGUCCCUGAUCCCACUUGGGCCCCUGACAUUCCACCAGAGAGGUCCUGCGAUGCCUUGCCCUUGGCUGCCCAAUCUCCUUGCCCCACCUGGGCUGGGAUUGAACCCUGUGGAGCUCUGGAUUCUUCAUGGCUCCUAGGUGUCUGGGACUUGUUCUCUCUAGUACCAGAGAGCCCUCACCCCCUUUUUUUUUUUUUGAGUCAAAGUCUUGCUCUGUUGCCAAGGCUGGAGUGCAGUGGCACGAUCUCGGCUCACUGCAACCUCUGCCUCCCAGAUUCAAGUGAUCCUCCUGCCUCAGCACCCCCUAGUUGCUGGAAUUACAGGUACACACCACCAUGCCAGGCUAAUUUUUGUAUUUUUAGUAGAGACAGGGUUUCACCAUGUUGUCCAGGCUGGUCUUGAACUCCUGACCUCAGGUGAUCCACCCAUCUCAGCCUCCCAAAGUGCUGGGAUUAGAGGCAUGAGCCACUGUGCCCGGCCUCUCAUGACUUUUAAAUACUCCGGUGGUAUUCCUCCUGCUACCCUCUACUCUCCACUUUAUCCCACUGUGGUGAAAAGUUUGCAGAAUGAAAUGUGAGUGUUGCCUGCAUUCAAUAGAGGGGAAGCGAGUCAUUAGGAGGUUGGCGAUGGGGUAAGAAGUUGGAGGGAUGGAGGAGGUGCUUCUAAAAGCUAGAGGUGGGCUUCCCCAGUGGGCAUCCUGGACCCUUCCUCUGGAAGAAAAGUUGGGAGAGAUAUAAAGAUGUGAGCAUUUCCUUUUCUCACCCAAUGCCCAGUAGAGAGGGGUGGCCAGCCUGGCGGCCUCCCUACCUCUCCGGGAAAUGUGUGGUGCUGGUGGCUGCCUGCCACUACAGCAGCAAGGGCUCAGUGCCCUCUUGUUUCCUGGGCCCUUAGAAAUCAGGGAGGCCGCUGCUGCCAAGAAUCAGCUCUGGCAGGCAGUGGGAGCUGCCAGAGGUGGGUAGAAGGCCAGAGAACAAAGGGCAGGAGUCAGCCUGCCUCCGGGAGGGCUGGAAUGUGUGCUGUGGUCUGGCUUACCAAGAACCCAGCUGAACGUGUCACCUGAGCUGCCCCUUCCUCUGAGAGGUCUCCUGUCCACUCCACAGCUCCAUUGCUCAAGAGCAAGGGGCGGGCAGUGGAAGGCUCUUUUCUAGGGCUGGAGAGCGCCCAGCGCAGGCUCUCCUUCCUCUUCCAGAGUGGUCUGGGCUCUUCUGGAGACUUCUGCCUGGCCAGGCAGCCACAGUUUGUUGGGAGCCAGAGCUCCCGGGUUCCUCGGCCAGUCUGGCCCUGACUCUGAGCUCUGGAGUAAUAGGUUGAAGGCAGUGCCCAAAGGACGGAUGGGAACCAAGAAUUGGUGUCAUCACAGUUUGAAACAUGAGUGUGAGCCGGGCCAUGGAGGACAGCUGUGAGCUGGACCUGGUGUACGUCACGGAGAGGAUUAUUGCUGUCUCCUUCCCCAGCACAGCCAAUGAGGAGAACUUCCGGAGCAACCUCCGCGAGGUGGCCCAGAUGCUCAAGUCCAAACAUGGAGGCAACUACCUGCUGUUCAACCUCUCUGAGCGAAGACCUGACAUCACGAAGCUUCACACCAAGGUACUGGAAUUUGGCUGGCCUGACCUCCACACCCCAGCCCUGGAGAAGAUCUGCAGCAUCUGUAAGGCCAUGGACACCUGGCUCAAUGCAGACCCCCAUAAUGUCAUUGUUCUUCACAACAAGGGAAACCGAGGCAGGAUAGGAGUUGUCAUAGCGGCUUACAUGCACUACAGCAACAUUUCUGCCAGUGCGGACCAGGCUCUGGACCGGUUUGCGAUGAAACGGUUCUAUGAGGAUAAGAUCGUGCCCAUUGGCCAGCCAUCCCAAAGAAGGUACGUGCAUUACUUCAGCGGCCUGCUCUCCGGCUCCAUCAAAAUGAACAACAAGCCCUUGUUUCUACACCACGUGAUCAUGCAUGGCAUCCCCAACUUUGAGUCUAAAGGAGGAUGUCGGCCGUUUCUCCGCAUCUACCAGGCCAUGCAACCUGUAUACACGUCUGGCAUCUACAACAUCCCAGGAGACAGCCAGACCAGCGUCUGCAUUACCAUUGAGCCAGGAUUGCUCUUGAAGGGAGACAUCUUGCUGAAGUGCUACCACAAGAAGUUCCGAAGCCCAGCUCGAGACGUCAUCUUCCGUGUGCAGUUCCACACCUGUGCCAUCCACGACCUGGGGGUUGUCUUUGGGAAGGAGGACCUUGAUGAUGCUUUCAAAGAUGAUCGAUUUCCAGAAUAUGGCAAAGUGGAGUUUGUAUUUUCUUACGGACCAGAGAAAAUUCAAGGUAUGGAGCACCUGGAGAAUGGGCCUAGCGUGUCUGUGGACUAUAACACCUCCGAUCCCCUCAUCCGCUGGGACUCUUAUGACAACUUCAGUGGGCAUCGAGAUGACGGCAUGGAGGAGGUGGUGGGACACACGCAGGGGCCACUGGAUGGGAGCCUGUAUGCCAAGGUGAAGAAGAAGGACUCCCUGCACGGCAGCACUGGGGCUGUUAAUGCCACACGUCCUACACUGUCGGCCACCCCCAACCACGUGGAGCACACACUUUCUGUGAGCAGUGACUCGGGCAACUCUACAGCCUCCACCAAGACAGACAAGACUGAUGAACCUGUUCCCGGGGCCUGCAGUGCUUCUGCUGCCCUGAGUCCCCAGGAGAAGCGGGAGCUGGACCGCCUGCUGAGCGGCUUUGGCUUAGAGCGAGAGAAGCAAGGCGCCAUGUACCACGCCCAGCACCUCAGGUCCCGCCCAGCGGCUGGCCUGGCUGUGCCCUCCUCUGGACGCCACGUUGUCCCAGCCCAGGUUCAUGUCAAUGGUGGGGCAUUAGCAUCUGAGCGGGAGACAGACAUCCUGGAUGAUGAGUUGCCAAACCAGGAUGGGCACAGUGCAGGCAGCAUGGGCACGCUGUCUUCCCUGGAUGGGGUCACCAACACCAGUGAGGGGGGCUACCCAGAGGCCCUGUCCCCACUGACCAAUGGUCUGGACAAGCCCUACCCCAUGGAGCCUAUGGUCAAUGGAGGAGGCUACCCCUAUGAGUCUGCCAGCCAGGCCGGGCCUGCCCAUGCUGGCCACACAGCCCCCAUGCGGCCCUCCUACUCUGCCCAGGAGGGCUUAGCUGGCUACCAGCGGGAGGGGCCCCACCCAGCCUGGCCACAGCCAGUGACCACCUCCCACUAUGGCCCUGACCCCAGCAGUAUGUUCCGCUCUCAAUCCUUUUCGGAAGCUGAACCCCAGCUGCCCCCAGCUCCAGCCCGAGGGGGAAGCAGCCGGGAGGCUGUGCAGAGGGGGCUAAAUUCAUGGCAGCAGCAGCAGCAGCAGCAGCAGCAGCCUCGCCCACCUCCACGCCAGCAGGAAAGAACCCACUUGGAGAGUCUUGUAACUAGCAGGUCCAGCCCUCAGCCACUGGCAGAGACCCCCAUCCCCAGUCUCCCUGAGUUCCCGCGGGCAGCCUCCCAGCAGGAGAUCGAACAGUCCAUCGAAGCACUCAAUAUGCUGAUGCUAGACCUGGAGCCAGCCUCGGCUGCUGCCCCUCUACAUAAGUCCCAGAGUGUCCCUGGGGCCUGGCCAGGGGCUUCCCCACUCUCCUCCCAGCCCCUCUCCGGAUCCUCCCGUCAGUCCCAUCCACUGACUCAGUCCAGAUCGGGCUAUAUUCCCAGUGGGCAUUCCUUGGGAACCCCUGAGCUGGCCCCACGGGCCUCCCUAGAGUCUGUCCCUCCUGGCAGGUCUUACUCACCUUAUGAUUAUCAGCCAUGUUCGGCUGGGCCUAACCAGGAUUUCCGUUCAAAGAGCCCCGCCUCUUCCUCCUUGCCUGCCUUCCUUCCAACCACCCACAGCCCUCCAGGGCCUCAGCAACCCCCAGCCUCUCUCCCUGGCCUCACCGCUCAGCCUCUGCUCUCACCAAAAGAAAUGACUUCAGACCCCUCCCGGACUCCAGAGGAGGAGCCAUUGAAUUUGGAAGGGCUGGUGGCCCACAGGGUAGCAGCGUACAAUGCUAGGCUGCAGGGCAUCAGGCACAGUGGCAGCUUCCCGCACCCUCCUCUCCACCAGCUCCGAGCUUCCUCCCUCUCUGGGGUACAGGCUCGGGAGAAGCAGCCUGCAGAGCCCCCAGCCCCUCUGCGGAGGCGGGCGGCCAGUGAUGGACAGUAUGAGAACCAGUCUCCAGAAGCCACAUCCCCCCGUAGCCCUGGGGUUCGCUCCCCUGUCCAGUGUGUCUCCCCCGAGCUGGCUCUUACCAUCGCUCUUAAUCCUGGAGGGCGGCCCAAAGAGCCCCAUCUGCACAGCUACAAGGAGGCCUUCGAGGAGAUUGAGGGAAGCUCCCCGAGCAGCCCACCGCCCAGUGGGGUGCGGUCCCCUCCGGGUCUGGCCAAGACACCCCUGUCUGCUCUGGGCCUGAAACCCCACAACCCAGCAGACAUCCUGCUGCACCCCACAGGCGUUACCAGAAGAUGGAUCCAGCCAGAGGAAGAUGAGGGGGAGGGGGUGGUCAGACUCCCAGAAGAGCCCCGGAGCUAUGUCGAAUCUGUGGCGCGGACGGCCGUGGCUGGGCCUCGAGCUCAGGAUUCUGAGCCUAAGAGCUUUAGCUCCCCAGCCUCCCAGGCCUAUGGCCACGAGACACCCCUGAGGAAUGGGACCCUGGGUGGCUCCUUUGUCUCCCCCAGCCCCCUCUCCACCAGCAGCCCCAUCCUCAGUGCUGACAGUACUUCCGUGGGGAGUUUCCCAUCAGGAGAGGGCAGCGACCAGGGUCCCUGGACGCCCACUCAGCCUUUAUUGGAGUCUGGCUUCCGCUCCAGCAGCCUGGGACAGCCCAGCCCAUCCGCCCAGAGAAACUACCAGAGAUCUUCUCCCCUCCCGACUGUGGGCAGCAGCUACAGCAGCCCUGACUACUCACUGCAGCAAUUCAGCUCCUCUCCGGAAAGCCAGGCCCCAGCUCAGUUCAGCGUGGCUGGUGUCCACACAGUGCCUGGGAGCCCUCAGGCACGCCACAGAACAGUGGGCACCAACACUCCCCCCAGUCCUGGCUUUGGCCGCCGGGCCAUCAACCCCAGCAUGGCUGCCCCCAGCAGUCCCAGUUUGAGCCAUCGCCAGGUGAUGGGUCCACCAGGCACUGGCUUCCAAGGUAGCACGGUCUCCAGCCCCCAGAGCAGUGCCCCGACCACCCCGGGGAGCCCCAGCCUGGGUCGGCACCCAGCUGGGACCCAACAGGUUUCUGGCCUCCACAACAAUGUGGCCACCACCCCAGGGAGUCCCAGCCUGGGCCGGCACCCUGGGGCUCACCAAGGCAAUCUGGCCUCUGGUCUCCAUGGCAAUGCGAUAGCCAGUCCUGGAAGCCCCAACCUGGGCCGGCACCUGGGAGGGUCUGGAUCUGUGGUUCCCGGCAGCCCCUGCUUGGACAGGCAUGUGGCCUAUGGUGGCUACUCCAUCCCCGAGGACCGGAGACCCACACUGUCCCGGCAGAGCAGUGCCUCUGGCUACCAGGCUCCUUCCACGCCCUCCUUCCCCGUUACCCCUGCCUACUACCCUGGCCUGAGCAGCCCCACCGCCUCCCCGUCGCCGGACUCAUCAGCCUUCCGGCAAGGGAGCCCAACACCAGCCUUGCCAGAGAAGCGAAGGAUGUCGGUGGGAGACCGGGCAGGCAGCCUCCCUAACUAUGCCACCAUCAACGGGAAGGUGUCUUCACCUGUUGCCAGCGGCAUGUCCAGUCCCAGUGGGGGCAGCACCGUCUCCUUCUCCCACACUCUGCCCGACUUCUCCAAGUAUUCCAUGCCAGACAACAGCCCGGAGACACGGGCUAAAGUGAAGUUUGUCCAGGACACUUCUAAGUAUUGGUACAAACCUGAGAUCUCCAGGGAGCAGGCCAUUGCACUCCUCAAGGACCAGGAGCCAGGGGCCUUCAUCAUCCGUGACAGUCACUCCUUCCGAGGCGCCUAUGGGCUGGCCAUGAAGGUGUCUUCACCACCUCCAACCAUCAUGCAGCAGAAUAAAAAAGGAGACAUCACCCAUGAGCUGGUCAGGCAUUUUCUGAUAGAGACCGGCCCCAGAGGAGUCAAGCUCAAGGGCUGCCCUAACGAGCCGAAUUUCGGAUCUCUGUCUGCCCUGGUCUACCAGCACUCCAUCAUCCCAUUGGCCCUGCCUUGCAAGCUGGUCAUUCCAAACCGAGACCCCACAGAUGAAUCGAAAGAUAGCUCUGGCCCUGCCAGCUCAACUGCAGACCUGCUGAAGCAAGGGGCAGCCUGCAAUGUACUCUUUGUCAACUCUGUGGACAUGGAGUCUCUCACUGGGCCACAGGCCAUCUCCAAAGCCACAUCUGAGACAUUGGCUGCAGACCCCACGCCAGCUGCCACCAUCGUUCACUUCAAAGUCUCUGCCCAGGGAAUCACUCUGACUGACAACCAGAGAAAGCUCUUCUUCAGACGCCACUACCCCCUCAACACUGUCACCUUCUGUGAUCUGGAUCCCCAGGAAAGAAAGUGGACAAAAACAGAGGGCGGCGCCCCUGCUAAGCUCUUUGGCUUCGUGGCCCGGAAGCAGGGCAGCACCACGGACAACGCCUGCCACCUCUUUGCUGAGCUCGACCCCAACCAGCCCGCCUCUGCCAUCGUCAACUUCGUCUCCAAGGUCAUGCUGAACGCCAGCCAAAAGAGAUGAACCCUGCCUCUUGCCCAGGGCCAGUGCCGUGGGGAAGGGGCACGUGGGGAGGGGACCCAUGAAUCCUGACCGCUCUUGAACCCAGAAAGAGGACUUUGGGCCAAUUUUGGAGGAGAGAAGAAAGUGCAAUGUGGGGAGAGGGAAGUGAAUUGUAAAGGGGAGGGGGAAGAGAGAGAGAGAAAGAGAGAAAGGAAAAGAUGGAGGAGAAGAACUUGGAUUCCCCUGGGUGGAUGGAAACUGCAAAAACCCAAAGCCUCCAAAACUAACCAGGUCUACCUAACACCCCCUCCUCCCCCGAGAAGAUGGAUGUCCUCAAAAGAGAAGGAACAAGCCUCCUUGGGGAGCCACAUUUUCAGAGAAAUGGAAAAGCUCUGUCUCCCUAACCCAAUGCUUUCCAAGGGGAGAUCAGGCUUGGGGGAAUCUUUUUCUGGCCACCUGUAGGGUAGGUUGUGACACCAAACAGAGCCACCGUGGGACAUCAAGUGGCAGAACUUAUUCUCUUGAAAGUAUCUCAGACCCAAGGCACCUCAGGUCUCUUUGCCGUGCCUCCGCUGUAUUGCCGUGUGGGGGUGUGUGUGUCCCCACCCACAUCCUUAAACAUUGAUGUAGAUGCCUCUAUCCACUAGAAUUAUAAACAGCCCGGCUUGUCCAUGUCCCAUGUGUUUGUAGACACACAUGCAUACUGUCCAAAGAUUAGGGCUGGCAGUGGCAGGGCAGCAGGGGAGGGACAGAAACCCUCCUCUGAACGAGCCACCAAGCUAUGGGAGACAGGGGCUCUCUCCUGGUGCCUGCACCUGCACUCUAGUGACCUUGGGUGCUGCCAUCCCCUUCUCCUCUACAAAGACCCCAGCAGGAGCGGGAGGGUCUGCAAUGUCAUCACCCUGUCCUUCCUUGGCCGGAAGUCUGGAGCUUUGGUUUGAGGAUAUAGAGAUAUGUGUGUCCAUGGGAAGAGAUCUGUCAGGACAGGUGGCUGUUGAGCUCGGGGUGUCUUCCCCAAGGUGUGUGACUCAGCAGCAAGGAAGGCACGUUGCUCCUCCUGGGGCUCUGGACUCUGCCUUAGCGCCCACCUUUCAUCCCUGUUCUUGGGUUUCGUGCCCCAGGACCAGCCUUAUCCCAGACCUGCUUACCUGCAUGAUGCCUUUCCGGAGGCUGGGGAUUGAGCCUUCCUGCUCUGCCCAGCCCUGUUCUAUUCUGCAGGGUCCCUAUAUUGGGAUUCACCCUGGGGAACCUGCUUCCUGCUCAGUGAGGCUUAGGGCAGAAACCCGCAGUCCUUAUCCUCCCCCUGUAAGAGCUUCGGGGUCUGGCUCUUGCAGGCACUCUCUGACAUCAUCAGAGCUCCUGGGGCUGCUACCUAUACACCACGUGGCCUAAUUACAAUGCCAAAGCCUUGCUAUCCUGUCGUCCCCCUUUCUGCCUUGGUUUCCCUGGCUGAGCCAUGCUGCCCAUGCAGCAGAGGGCAGAAGGCUUGCAUUUGGGCUAAAGGGCCUGAGGUCUACUGGACAGUUGGGAAAAGACCUGACCACCAUUUAAGGACUCUAAGCCAGAAUGGGAAAUUCACCGGGACUCCAUUCUUAAGCCUAUGGGGGUCUCCUAGAGAAAGGCAUUGUACUGAUAUAUAAAUAUUAUAUAAUAUAUACAUGAGACAUACUGACAGAAUCUGUAAGCUAAUAAAAUGUAAGAAAAGGUUAAAAAAAGAAUAGGUAAAUUGACAAGAAGUAUUUAUUGUUUUUCCAUAUUGCUUUAUUACCUUCUCUGGGCAUAAAUCAAUUCCCAUCCCUUUUUAUAUGUAUAAGUGAAGCCUGAAGUGUGGGGGCCUUUGUUCCUGGAGCAGCCAGGGCCUCCUUGCCCCGGCCUUGGCCUUCCUUAGACUGUGUGGGGGGGCGGGGUUCACUUCUUCCACCCUUUGGCCUCCUUUCUUUUCAGCAAGCCAGGGGCCCAGCAGUCAGCUCCCUGGAUAUGUGGGGAGCUGCCCUGUCUUGCAGGCCUGAGCGAGUACGUGAGCAUGUGGGAACAUGGGUGUGUAUGGCACACAUGGGUGUGUGUGCGCCUUUUGUAUUUUUUUCUCCUCCAAGGAGCUGUGUCAGUGUGGACGUUCUGUUUCAGGGAGUUGGAAAGGAGAGUGUCUGCAGAAGGCGGGGAGCAGGGGCAGAGGCCGCACCAGUCACCCCCUGCUUCCCAGAGUGAAACCUUGUGCCUGGUGACCGAGGUCCCUCCAAAGUGCUCUUCUUUCUGAGAUAUUCUAGCCAAAUAUCUGGGUUCCCCCUCUACUGAUUCCUUAGCAAACCCCAAUUACCUUCCAAGAUAGGAGAUAUUUUCCAUCCCCUUCCUUUGUAAAUAUCUCAUCUCCCACCGGACAGCCCGGCAGCCUCUUCCCGGCCCGGAUGUUCUGUCCUCACUCCAGGCUGGGCGGUGGAUCAGACCCUUCAAGCAGCCUGGCUGGGGCCCAGGAGUGAGUUGGGGGUCAGCUUUCACCAUCACUUUCCCCUUCCUCACCACCCACUGCAGCCCACCUCACAUGCAUGGCCAGCUCCUCCACUCCAGCCUGAGCCGUGUGUGCCCCUGGGGGAGGACCCGUGGAUGCUGGAAAGCUGGAAACUCCCUCCUAGCAUCCCUGCAGGAGUCAGUUUCUGAGAGUGUGGCCUUUAAGGCGAAUGAUGGGGAAGAGUUCCCCAGUCCCCGCAGUGGCCCCACCUCUGGGCCCUGCACCAAAACCCUCCUGUGUCACAGGGGGCUGUGCACCCAUGCACACACCUAUGCACACAUACCACUCCGCACUGCAGUAUAUUCUUGCCAAAGAUUUCCUUUAAAAGAAAGCACUUUUACUAAUUGUUAUUUUGUGUUUCUCCUCUUCUGUCUUCUCCCUCCCUCAAUAGAUUUUACUGUUGUUUAUUGUUGAAUCUGUUUGUCAGCCAGGAGAGCGCUGUCUGGUCUGGAACAUGGGCUGGGACGGGAAAGGGUCUGGGAGAAGAUGGGCAAGGAAGAGCCGGGAGUCACAGCCAUCGCAGCAAUAUAGACCCAGGCAGGUUCAGGGCUGUGCUGCCACUAACUCUCCAGCUGGGCGUCUGAGGGAAGAGGGCAGGGGAGGGUCAUGUCCCAUUCAGCUGGGGGAGGGGUCCAGUGAACUCCAUGUGGCUGUUUCCCAGGGGUAGCAAGAGGGAAGGAUUGGACGAGCAGAUAAUGGAGAGGGGACCUGAGAAGGAAACCCAGGAGGAAGUGAGCAGUUUGAUCAGCCUGCUGUCACAGUGUCCUGGCUGUCUUAUUUAGCCGUGCGUUUGAGGGACAGAUACAUCACGUCCUAAGUUUGGGAAAGGCCUUUGACCCAUCUGAGCCUCUCCUCCAGUAGCUCUGAAAGCUAUGGACGAUGAUGGCCAGGAUUCCUUCUCCUUUGGUUUUCGAGGAUCCCUGGGUGUUCUGAGACUGGCUGGAGAGGGUUGGUGGGGCCAGUGGCCGAGUGACAACAGGAGGGGGUAGCCCUCCUGCACAAGUGUGAUCUCCCUAUAAGGGGCUCUCAGGAAGUUGGUGAGUAGGGGAUUCUGCCUUGUUCUGAUGAGCUGGACAGAGGCUCUAGGGGGUCACAGAAGGGUGGCGAGUGUGAAUAGAUUCAGUCUCACUCCCACUUUUGUCCACCACCCCUGCUUUCUGGAUCUUCUCCCCCUAAUUUUUCCAGCUUUAGGACCUGGGGAGAUCAUGCAAGUCAAGGGAGACACCCAUUCCUAACCCCACAUUCAGGGUCCUCCUAGAGGUUGAGGGGGCAGAGUCCCAGAGCAGUCCUUUACCCCAGGUCCAGGCCCUGGAAUCCUGAGACUCGUGUUUCCUUGGCCAGUGGUAACACAGGACGUGUAUGUGUGGAUGUGCAGGUGUGGCUGUAUGUGUGUGCAUGUGUUUUGCUCAUCUCUUUAGGGAACUUGGGGGUGGGGGUUGGAGGUGCUGGGCAAUGGAACUUCAAGUUCAAUGUCGCCCAGUAGUGAGGGGAGUUGGGGGCAGGGCCUGUAGGGCCACCCAUCAGUGGAGUCUCAGUGAUGGCCCAGGUGAGGAGUGGGCCACCCAGAGGGGCAGGGUGGGGGCUUCGGGAAGAUCUGUCCCUCUUGGCUCCUCUGUCUUCAAAUGUCCAAAAUGUUGGAGGACCUCUGUUCAUAUCCCAUGCCGGGGCUCUUGCCAGCAGAGGAGUUCCUGUAGAGGGAUGUCCCAAGCUUAUUCUCCAGUCAGUGUUAAGCCAUUCCAAUCUCUCCUGUGUCUGUGUGUGUGUGUGUGUGUGUCUGUGUGUCUGUGUGUGUGUGUGUGUGUCUGUGUGUCUGUGUGUGUGUGUGUGUGUGAGAGAGCACAUCAGUGUGUGCAGGCUGUGCUUCCCGGUUUCUCUCUUCCCUUCAGACCUGCCAUUCAGAACAAAUGUCAGAAAUUCCUUCCCACCACCCUCCCUGCCUCCCCGGCCCUCUGCGGGAGAAACAAGAUCACCCGGCAUCCUCCCCCACCCCGGCUGUGUAUUUAUAUAGAUGGAAAUAUACUUUAUAUUUUGUAUCAUCGUGCCUAUAGCCACCACCACCGUGUAUAAAUCCUGGUGUAUGCUCCUUAUCCUGGACAUGAAUGUAUUGUACACUGACGCGUCCCCACUCCUGUACAGCUGCUUUGUUUCUUUGCUAUGCAUUGUAUGGCUUUAUAAAUGAUAAAGUUAAAGAAAAAUC